CUUCAAAAUCUAAAUAUCUGAAUCCAGACUUAAAAUACCCGAAUUCGACCCAAAAUAUAGAAAUACCCGAACGGAUUCUAUGCCUCUAUAUCGAAUUACUCGAAUGGGUAACGGGUUUUAUACCCCUGUAUCAAAAUACCUGAAAAUCCGAAAGUCCACCGAAUACCCGAUCCGAACGCCCCACCCCCCUACUUGUAGACUUGUAGUGCUGGACUGGAUUGUUUUCCUUUAGACGUUUGAGCAACUAUUCAUGUCAUGUUCCACUAAAUUGGGCUGUUACUGGGUUACUAUCUUAUGGGCUGGCAUCAUCAUUUUGGGUUCUCUGUGUCCCCGUACAAUAAUGACAAUGGUAAUUCUUGCUCCUUUUUAAUUUAUUUUAAUGCAACCAACAUUUUAGCCCACCAAAAAACUAUUAUGUAAUCAAUUUAUCACAAAUUAUCUACACUAUUUACUAUUUAGUGAGAAACUAGAGUUCAAGUGACUUGUUCAAGUGAACGCAUCGGGUUCAAACUUGAAAAGUCACCAACGAUGAAUUGGUUUAGUGGUUAAACCUCUAGAUUAUCAGAUCUGUAUUGCAGCUAAUUAAUUUGGAUUUUUAGUAAAAAAUCUGAGUUAAAAAAGUAAAUACUAAUUCAAAUAAAUAAUACAAGGUAAUGAUUCUAUAUACAAACUCAUUUUGUAAUAUGAUAAAAACCCUCUCUGGUAAAUAUAAGCAAAAUAUUGUGUUACUAAACUUUACAUAUUCCUUUUCUUACAAAACUCACAAAUAGCUGGAGAUACAUGUCUCUCUAUCUAUGCAAAUUCAGGUAACCAUUAUUCCAACACUAAUACGCCCAGCUCUUAUCUGCUACGUGCGUUAGGUGAGUCACUCAAACAUAUCUUCCUUUUAUAUAAAAAGAAUAUCAUUUUUGAUUGGACUAGUAGUAUAUAUCCUUUUCAAGAAGGUAAAAGAAGACAAUAUAACAAUCUUCUCAAAACCCAAACGUUUAUUUAUAUAUACAAGAAAACGCAAAUACGUUUCAAGACACCAAAAACGCUACGUAAACCGAAUAAAUCGUGAGUUCGUCUCAAAGUAGAAAGAUGAAUGCUGUGAGGUCUGCGUUAGGUGAUAUGGUGAUAACCUUUUUCUGGGUUAUUCUCUCGGCGACGUUUGGGUUACAAACGGCGGCGAUUGUUUCCGCAGCCGGGUUUCAUGGCAUCACUUGGGCACCUCCGCUGAUUACGACUGUGGUUGUUUUCUUCUCUAUCUCGGUUUUCACGGUUAUUGGAAACUUUCUCGGUGGCGCUAGCUUCAACCCUUGUGGAAACGCCGCGUUUUAUACCGCCGGCGUUUCUGCAGAUUCUCUCUUCUCCUUGGCUAUUAGAUCCCCGGCUCAGGCACUUGGUGCAGCAGCAGGUGCGAUAACAAUAAUGGAGAUGAUACCAGAAAAAUAUAAGACUAUGAUUGGAGGGCGUCCAUCAUUCAGAGUUGAUGCACACAGUGGAGCUAUUUCAGAAGUGAUUCUAAGUUUUUGUGUUACAUUUUUGGUAUUGCUGAUUAUCCUAAGAGGUCCUCGCAAACUGCUAGCUAAAACAUUUUUACUCGCUAUAGCCACCGUCUCAGUGUUCAUCGCAGGAUCUACAUUCACUAGACCAUUCAUGAAUCCUGCCAUCGCAUUUGGGUGGGCAUAUAUACACAAGUCACACAACACAUGGAACCAUUUCUAUGUGUAUUGGUUCAGCUCCUUCACCGGAGCUAUUUUGUCUGCGAUUCUCUUUCGGAGUCUAUUUCCGCCGCCACUUCCGGUCCAGAAAAAACAGAAGAAAGCUUGAGUAAAUAGGAAGAACACAACUCAAAAUUUCAUGAAUUAUAUAUACUACUUAUUGUUUGUUUUUGAGUUGUAGUCGUACAGAGAUCUCUUUGUCGUCAUUUAUACUUUGUAAACUCAUGUCCUCUAUUUUGUUCUCAAUGGAUUCACUCUCGUCCGGUUUUCUUA